AUGGGGAUAUUUGUGAAGCCGCCUCUUCCAGGAGCCACGUCCACGAGAAUCCACCCAGCACGCGAUGGGCGUUCGUCCAGUGUGCCGUUGCCGUUGGGCUCCAGCAUCUUCCACCCCUGGGAUGUCUGUGAUGUGAACAAGGUGCUGACGGUCAAUGGUCAGAUCUGGCGAUCAGACAACCUUCAACAGAUGGGAAACAACAUGAAUAUUUUGUGCAAACCUCAUGGUCCUGCAAUCUCCUGGAGAACGCCGCGUGCAGUGCUACGAGUGAAAAAUGCGCCCCCGAGAGCGCCGAAGCCAGCGCCCACCUCCGACCUGGGUCCAGCGGGAUUUAACAUCGAGAGGUCGCAGAGUAGGAUCAGUUUGUCAGCUUCCUUCGAAGCCCUGGCCAUCUACUUCCCCUGUAUGAACUCCUUUGAUGAGGACGAUGCUGACGGAGAUGGCCGAAAACUACGAGGUGCAAUCCAACGCAGCACGGAGACAGGACUGGCUGUUGAGAUGCCGAGCAGAACACUGCGUCAAGCUAGCCAUGAGUCCAUCGAGGAAAGCAUGAACAGCUACGGAUCUGAAGGGAACUUGAACUACAGUGGAGUUUGCCAGGCAUCUGAUGGGCUGUUCAGGGAUUUCCUGGAUGGAAUGGGUCCCGCACAGUUUGUGGGCCGUCAAACUUUGGCCACACCAUCGAUGGGUGAUGUGGAAAUUGGAAUUUUGGAGAGGAACGGACAGCUUGAGGUGGAGGUGAUUCAGGCUCGUGGACUCACCCUGAAACCAGGCACAAAGUCUCCACCAGCUGCUUACAUUAAACUCUACCUGUUGGAGAAUGGAAUUUGUGUUGCAAAAAAGAAAACCAAGAUGGCUCGGAAAUCUCUGGAUCCCCUGUACCAGCAGAUCCUGGUCUUCACUGAGAAUCCACAGGGAAAGAUCCUGCAGGUGAUUGUGUGGGGUAAUUAUGGCCGGAUGGAUCGUAAGUACUUCAUGGGCGUGGCCCAGGUACUGCUGGAAGAUUUGGAUCUCUCGAGUGCGGCGAUUGGAUGGUACAAGCUCUUUCCCACCUGCUCCAUGGUGGACCCGCCCUUGGCUCCGCUCCUGCGUAACGCCUCGCAGCUCUCCCUGGAGAGCGCCGUUGGACCCUGCUGUGACCGAUCCUAACGACAGCGGAACCUUUCUCAGUCUUUAUUUAAUGCCGAGUGUACGGGCUGUGGGGGCCCCUUGAAGGGAGGGGGGGUAUCCUUCCACAUGAUGCAUGUUUGACUCGGUCAUACCCCCUGGAGCCUCUUUUGGCUAAAGGAUAAUUGAGUGACUGGCAAUGGCGUCAAAGAGGGGAGGAGGUAGCUUCCACCUCCAUGUCUGGCACCGUCCCUGUGUGGGACGGUCAUAGUUCCAUUCUUUCAUG